AUGCAGAGUCUGUCCUUACCUCCUCCGACUUCACUUCCUUCCUCGCCAUUCGGGCGAUAUCAAGAACUGGGAAGCGGUCUGGUAAAGUUUCCACCACAGUUCAGUCCCGGUAGGCCUGAGCAGCACAGCUACCCAUCUCCUCCCAUGUCCGAUUCUCUUUCGCCCGCUCGCCGACCAGCCCACGUUGUCGAACCCGAAGGACAUCCAUACCCACCGCGUCUGCACGAGCCCCGUCCGCAUCCACCACAGUCGUCGUUGCUUGACCCUCGAUCGGCCACUGUUCCACAGCACAUCACGCAACAGCGUCCGUUGUAUCCUGGAGAAUCCCAACACAGGGGUCCACCAAUGCACUAUCAGCAAGCCCGCGCUCUUGACCCUGUCUACGGAUCUGUGCAUGUUCCGCAGAACUACGUAUAUGGCUAUCACCCUCCUAAUGCUCCUCCGUAUCUUGGAAGCCAAGGUGUGGGUCCAGGUCCCCAAAUCCAGCAAGGCGCAAUCAUAGCACCGCAACCAUUGAGGCAGGCGAAGCCAGCAAGAAGAACCAAGGCGCAUGUGGCUUCUGCGUGUGUCAAUUGCAAGAAGGCGCAUCUGAGCUGUGACGUCCAACGCCCCUGCGGCCGGUGUGUAGCUUCUGGGAAGCAGGAUACAUGUAAGGAUGUACAGCACAAAAAAAGGGGACGACCGAGGCUGAGGGACGACAAAGAGUUUGGAAGGACCGAGGAAGCUCGCACGGCGUCUACGCAACUUCUAGGAUCGUUACCACAGUCCGGGCCUGACACCUUCGGCCAACAGUCUCCUUUCGCGACCGUCCCACGAGCGCCCGAGCCAUAUCGCGUGUUGACGUCGACGCGUGAGGAAGAGAGCUCGAAAGCUCGUCUACAACCAGCCGCUAUUACCACGGCGCAUUCGCCUCGAGUGGGUAGUUUUGGCGGGAUAGUAGCUUCGCCAUAUUCUGAGGGGCCCAAUCUAGCGUAUCAGUCUCUGCCCGUAGCAUUUCUCGAUCUGGACCUCGUCAUUCAAAAAACCAACCAAGCUUUUCAAGAUCUCAUCGGGUUUCUUGGCGAUGCUCGCGGUAAAACUUUGGUGGAGUUGCUUGAAAUGCGGCAGCACGAUGUCCUGCAGCAGCUGCGCACCGAGUUUCGGAUGGAGCGUGAUGAGCGCGAGCCCACUUAUAUGGCGCCUAUUACACCGGUUGGACAGGAUCCUAUGCAGCCCGUCCUGCAAUCGGUUGCGGACAAGGACGUCGACCAAGUCAGCCACGGAUUUACGCAGAGGUCCGUGCUUCUCAAUUUCCGUCUACCUAACGGUCAGUAUCAAUCUCUUCAAACGCAGAUCCGACUUGCGAAGACUUCGUUGUACUUUGUGACGCUGGUGGUCCAUACACCUCCCAGGCCUGCAGGUCCGCAGCUUUUGACAAAGCAAUUGGCUCCUCCAACACCGGUCCGCAGUUCCCAGACCAUGUCAGCUCCUACGAAUGCACCGCCCGGGGAAUUCGGCACGUACGCUCUGCGACCAAACUCGUCUGCUGGUUCCGCUCCGACAUCCCCCUAUUUCAACUUUAAAUCGGUCAGAACAUCGCUUCCGACCAUCAGUUCCAGCUCCUACGGGGGUAGUCCCUCCUACGGCUACCCUCCAACAGCUGGUCCCGAGCAGGGAUAUUUUCCGACUUAUCAGCCGCUAUCCCAGCCGGGAGCGUACCCCUCUGGCUACCAGCCUGCGUCGAGGACAAACUCUGUUGCGUCCGAGGCCCAGCGCGGGCCGGCUCACCCUGCUCGACUGGAGGGGCUACAACUACCGCCAAUUCGCACCACGCCUGCUCUAGGGUCGCCCUUGGCGCAGAACUUUGGUGAAAACGCACGAUUGCGUCGGCGUGCUUCUCCUUCGAGCGCAGAAGCGAGACCCGAUACGCCAGAUACCGGAAAACGAAGACGCCUAAACAUACACGAAGUACUGGAAUGA